UUUGAAAUCGCAUCAUUUCCUGCCGUUUAAAAAACUCUUCUCUGUAGCACUGCUGUAUCUUCCGCUGUGUCGCGGCGCGUUUAUUAACUAGAAUUGUGCUUUGAAACUGAAAGCUAAUCGAUUAAAGAUGAAUGUGAUCGAUCAUGUGCGGGAUAUGGCAGCGGCCGGGCUUCACUCUAAUGUCCGGAUCAUCAGUAGUUUACUCCUGACCAUGAGCACCAACAACCCGGAGCUUUUCUCGCCGUCUCAGAAGUACCAGCUGCUGGUGUAUCACGCUGAUGCUAUUUUCCAUGAUAAAGAGUACAGGAACGCAGCCUGUAAGUACAACAUGGCUUUACAGCAGAAGAAAGUGAUCAGCAAAACAUCUAAAGUGCGUCCAUCCAGCACGGGCGGCACAACAUCUUCGAUGCAGGCACAGAACUUGCCAUCAGAGAUCGAAGUGAAAUAUAAAAUCGCAGAGUGUUACACUAUUCUGAAGCUGGAUAAAGAUGCCAUAUCAGUGCUGGAGGGGAUCCCUUCACGCCAGAGAACGCCAAAGAUCAACAUGAUGCUGGCGAAUCUUUACAGAAAGGCUGGUCAGGAGCGCUCAGCUGUGACCAGCUAUAAGGAGGUCUUGAGACAGUGUCCUCUGGCUCUUGAUGCUAUUAUUGGGCUUCUGUCUCUGUCGGUGAAGGGGGCAGAGGUCGCUUCCAUGACGAUGGACGUGAUUCAGAGCAUCCCGAAUCUUGAUUGGCUGUCUGUCUGGAUUAAAGCACAUGCUUUCAUACAUGGAGGAGACAAUCAGAGAGCCAUCAACACUAUCUGCUCUCUGGAGAAGAAGUCACUCUUGAGGGAUAACGUUGAUCUUUUAGUCACUCUGGCGGAUGUGUACUUCAGGGCUGGAGACACCAAGAACUCCAUCUUGAAGUUUGAGCAGGCACAGAUGCUUGACCCUUACCUGAUCAAAGGUAUGGAUGUAUACGGCUAUCUGAUGGCCAGGGAGGGUCAUCUGGAAGAUGUGGAGGUUCUCGGAGGACGGCUCUUCAACAUAUCUGACCAGCAUGCUGAGCCCUGGGUCAUAUCUGGAUGUCACAGUUUCUACAGUAAGCGUUACUCUCGCGCCCUGUAUCUGGGAGCUAAAGCCAUCCAGCUGAACAGCAACAGUGUGCAGGCGCUGCUCCUGAAGGGGGUGGCGCUGAGGAACAUGGGCCGAGUGCAGGAAGCCAUCAUACACUUCAGAGAAGCCAUGAGACUGGCGCCCUGUCGUCUGGACUGCUAUGAAGGUCUGAUUGACUGCUAUCUUGCCUCUAAUGGUAUCCGGGAGGCUAUGGGAAUGGCCAACAAUAUUUAUAAGACCCUGGGAGCGAAUGCCCAAACUCUCACCAUCCUGGCCACAGUGUGUCUGGAAGAUCCCAUGACCCAGGAGAAGGCCAAGACACUGCUGGACAAGGCCCUCGCUCAGCGGCCCGACUAUAUCAAAGCUGUCGUGAAGAAAGCAGAGCUCCUCAGUCGAGAACAGAAGUAUGAGGAAGGAAUAGCACUUCUUCGGAACACAUUAGCCAAUCAGAGCGACUGCGUGCUGCACAGGAUGCUGGGGGAUUUUCUCGUAGCUGUUAAUGACUAUCAGGAGGCCAUGGACCAGUACAGUAUAGCGCUAAGCCUCGAUCCGAAUGACCAGAAGUCUCUGGAGGGCAUGCAGAAGAUGGAGAAGGAGGAGAGUCCCACGGACGCCACGGUGGAGCUGGACGGUGAUGAUAUGGAGGGCAGCGGGGAGGAGGGAGAUCUGGAGGGCAGUGACAGCGAGGCGGCACAGUGGGCCGAUCAGGAGCAGUGGUUCGGCAUGCAGUGAUCCUCAGCUCUCGCUAAGAGACUCUUGAGCUUCUGCACUUCAGAAAAAACAUCCACGCUCUCGCGUGUGUGUGUGUGUGUGUGUGUGUGUGUGCGUGCGUGUGUGCGUGUGUGUGUGUGUAUGUGUGUGUGUGAGUGCAGAGAUGCCAUAAUGCUCACUGCUGCCAUCUGGUGGUGAGUUAUGGACACUGACAUUAAUUGGAUUUGUGGAUGACAUUCAGAUUUGUUGGCUUUUUGAUUUGUUUGAUGGCUUGUCCUCAAAUUUUCCAGUUUUGUCAUAUCAAAAGAUUAUCUUUCUCAUAUGAGAAUCCAGCACUACACAGAUUUGACUGAGUUCAGAUACGAACAGUCCAGCACCAGCUUGGCUACAAGGAUGGUAUGAUUUUGGACUAAAUCCACAAAUGAUUCACUCUUAAUGUAUUUUCUAACAAUUUAUUAACAGUAGUUAAACAUCAUGGGUUUCAAGUUUGCUGUUUUGGGCCAAAUACAGGACUCUGUUAAACCUGUAAUUUAUUUUGCUUGCUCUUUUGAGCUUUUUUCAGCAUGAGUGAUGAUUGUUACAGAGGCAUCUUUAAAUGAACCUCAAUCCCACAAAAUCUUUUCUUCUCUCUCUGAUCUGGUGAGUGUGAUGAAAGCAAGUCAUAUUCCACACCAAAAUCAAAAAGAAAAUGUUUUGUGUUCCUGUUAGAAAUUUUUCACAUUUCAGUUUUCUUUACUGUAAUGUUCUUUUACAUUUGUUUAAUGCUCAUUCAAAGUGGUGAUUUCAAGAUAACGCAGUGCUACUUUUUUUUUUUGCUUUAAUGAUCAUUUUUGUAUUAUUACAUAUGCGAAAGUGGUUUGUUUUAUGCAUUUUUUUAGCUUUGAUUUUGGUGUGAAUAUAACCCAGACAUGUUAAGUUUUGUGAAAUUUAACAGAGCAUGUAAGUGAUGCAAUCAUUCAUUUCUGUAGCCCUAAAAUUCAUUUUUUUCAGUGUUUGUCGUCUUUUUAUGUUUCUAUAUUAUUGUAAAAAAGACUAUUUUUAAAUGUUUUGGAAUUAAAAUCAUGGCAUGA